CUGUGAGGCCUGGCGAAGUCCGAGGUUCUAGGAAGUCAGUACUGAAGUUGUCCUGCUUUGAGCGACCUCACUCACAGCGAUCAUGGGUGUUUGGGUUAAGGGCCGGAGCUGCCUGGCGGCGGGCUUGCUGCAGAGUCAAGUGGCUGUCGUCACCGGCGGGGGCACGGGCAUUGGAAAGGCCAUCGCGACCGAGCUCCUACGGCUGGGCGCCAAGGUGGUCAUCACAUCCCGUAAGUUUGAUGUAUUAAAAUCUACUGCAGAUGAACUGAAGACCAGCCUGCCUCCCACCCACCAGUCUCACAUCACUCCUAUAAAAUGCAACAUCCGUGACGAAGAGGAGGUAAAUAAUUUGGUCAAGUCUACCUUAGAUAUUUACAAUAGGAUCGAUUUUUUAGUAAACAAUGGAGGCGGCCAGUUUUUUGCACCCGCUGAAAACAUCAGUUCAAAGGGAUGGAAUGCUGUGAUUGAAACCAACCUGUCGGGCACCUUCUACAUGUGCAAAGCAGUUUACAACUCUUGGAUGAGAGAGCAUGGAGGAUCUAUUGUGAAUAUCACUAUGGUGGCUAACAAUGGAUUUCCAGGAGCUGUGCAUAGCGGAGCUGCCAGAGAAGGUGUUUACAAUCUCACCAAAACCUUAGCUUUGGAGUGGGCCAGGAGCGGCGUCAGGAUCAACUGUGUCGCCCCUGGAACCAUUUAUUCCCAGACUGCUUUUGACAACUAUACUCAUUUAACAAAAGACACAAUUGGAAGGUGCAUUCAACAAAUCCCAGCUAAAAGACUUGGAGUUCCUGAGGAGAUCUCCUCCAUGGUAUGUUUCCUGCUGUCUCCAGCAGCCUCCUUUAUCACCGGACAGCUGGUGGCUGUGGAUGGUGGCCAGUCUUUGAAAGGUCACGCAUAUGAAAUACCAGAUCAUGACAACUGGCCAGAGGGAACAGGGGACCUUUCUGUUGUCAAAAAGAUGAAAGAGUCUUCAAUGCUGAAAGCUAAUCUCUAAUGGAAGGAAAGAAGGAGUGUCUUUUGUCCCCAGAUGCCUUAACAUCUUAAGACUGCACUACUGUACUUAUAGGAGUUUGCAAUUUGUAUGGUAAAAUCACUGUACUUUUCUCAUGAUAUCAGUUUUCUGUGUACAAAGACCAUUCCUGAUAGAAAUGCAUUUUAAAGUCUCAAUCAAUAUGUUUUAGCCUUUUAAAGAAUGGAAAUUAACAUAAUUUAUGAUUAUACUUUUUAAUCCUAGACAGGUGAUCGAAAAGUGAAAUAACUUCUAAUUAAUAAUAAAAGGUAUUGUGAUCUUCCACAGGGUUUAAUUGUAGAGAUAGAUAAUAACUUUAAAUUGUGGCACCAUUACCAUUUCGAUCACUGGAGUUAUACAGUGAUUCACUUUACUUGGCAAAUAUUUUGGUUCAGUAAAGCUUUAUGGCAACUUCCAA